AUGCUCGUGAAUGGCGAUGAGGGCGUGGAUAGGGAUGUGGUUAAGACUUUCAAGCGGAUGUAUGAGGAGAAGCUGACGGCGUGGGAGGCACUGAGCGAUGCGGAGAAGUAUCAUAAGGAGGAGGAGUAUGUGGAGUUCAAGAGGAAGUUGUGGGAGAAACGGUUCCCGAAUAAGCCGUUUAGGAUUGAUCGGGAUGCGCCGGAGGAGGGGGAUGACGGCGGAGACGAUGAUGAUCUGGAGAUUGCCAUUGUUGGGGGCAAUCAGAAUUUGUUGUGUCCGCUCACGCAAUCACUCCUUCGCGAGCCCGUGACAUCCCAAGUCUGCAAACACUCCUACUCCCGCGAAGCUAUCCAACAACACAUCCGGAUACAAUCGCGGGGCAACCAGCGCGCCGAAUGUCCCGUCGCAGGCUGCAAGCAUUACAUUGCAUCAAGAGACCUGAAACAAAACAAGGAACUAGCGCGACUCGUGAGCAGAAAGGAGGCCCAGUCGCGGAUGGAGAGAGAGGUCGAGGACGACGAGUAUGUCGUUAUGCAUUGA